UUGGCGAAAUAAGUCAGCGCACCAAACCGCCAUCUUCCGACCCCAGCAACGAGUCAACCGUGUUAUUUGUACGUGCUGUCCAAAGGUGUUCUCUCGAUAUCUUAUAUAUGCCUUGUUAUAUUCAUUGAACGGCGUACUGGGCUUUUUUUUUUCUCUGUUGUAACUGAGGAUUCGACUGUGAACUGCCGCUGUGCGUGCAUCUAUCUGAGUUUGCUCCGAUCUGCUCUGCUUCUUUCCUUUUUCGCUCCCGAGUUUGUCUCUCGCCUGUUGAGUGCCUUCUGCCUUAUUCUAUCUGGCUUGCUUACUUGCCUGCCUGUUAGCUGUGCAUGCCCGCUCUCUUUUCUUCACUUUACUGUGCGGUGGAGUGUUUUCGCGUGUGUAAACCAGCGCGUGUGUAGACUAGUGCUUUGCAUGCCCACAUGCUUGAGGAUAGCAGCAUGGAUUAUGAUGACGCCCGGGAGAUUUCUCUCCCGGGCGCGUCUUCUUCUCUCAUCGAGGCCAGGCCAUCGGAUGCUCCGGACGGGACCGCGCGGGACGAGAGUGAAUUGCGGUCGCAGUCGCGUACACCGCUCACCUGUAAGAAGCGAAAUCUGCCUACUCAGAAGGAUUAUCACUCGUCGACAAUAAUAGAUAUCAGAUUGACUCUGUACAACCAUACAUCGUCUUUAUUGAAAGGUCACGCACAUAUCAACAUCAACACUCACAGAAUUCAGAUAAACAGCUCUCCGUUGUCGGUUUGGGUAAGCGCUUAUUUACAGCGGAUAAUAAUAUAUUUAAAGAUUCCUUUGACCUUAAAGUCAAAGGUAAUUCCAAAUUCUCCAUCUGCUUCACUACAUCUAAACAAGCAAAUGCCUGCGUUGAUUCUUUCAAACAAUUUUCGGACAAUAUCGUUCCGGGUGAAACGUGGCAUGCGUUUAUACCUAAUUAUAAAGUUAUUAAACAAUUUAUUAUUCGCGGCAUAGAUGAAAAUGAGGAACCAGAGAUAGUUCGCUGCUCUCUAAGACCACCGCCUGAAUGGGACUCGGAAUGGACGCCGCCCUUCGAGGUAACUAAAUUACGUCGUCGAGUCCGCACCUCUGAAGCCCCCACUUCUCGGAACACGACUACAACAACUACAAAUAAAACAGAUACUUCUUAUGCUUA